AUGGGGCCUCAAGAGCCUAGAAAAGCUGACCGAAAAUCAACAAGCAGUGCCCAUUUUGCCCCACUGUCUCCUCCACCUAUAGUGGACAUAUCGGACGAUGAACUAGUAUCAAUUAGCGUCCGGGACUUAAACAGGACCCUAAAAAUGCGGGGCCUUACCCGAGAGGAAAUAGUCAAAAUGAAACAAAGAAGGCGUACGUUGAAAAACCGUGGAUACGCAGCUUCGUGUAGAAUCAAAAGAAUCGAGCAAAAAGACGAAUUGGAAGUGGAAAAAACGCAAGAGUGGCGAGACAUGGAAACUAUGCAAGACGAGAUUAUUAAAAUGAAGGAGGACAUGGUUGGAAUGAGGGGCCGCUAUGAGGCCCUGGUCAGAUUUGCUUUUAAUAAUAAAAUACAUUUGCCGCAAGAGUUGGAACGUUUAUAA